UAUAUUUAGAAACUACCGGUACUGUGCCUGGUGCAGACCACAUAGCGAAACAAACUGUCUUCUAUGUGAACACAUGCGUGCAUUUUAUUCUGAACCAUUUUAGCAUCUGCAGUUGAUGAACAAACUGUAAUCUGUAAUCUGGGAGGUUAGUAUAGACGCGGUGGAACUGGACCCAGCAGCCGACGGUGGGGGUCGCAACUCCGGGUUGAAACGCGGCACGAUGACCGGGGGCCCGGCCACAGAGGAGCACUACACGGCCGCUAUGGUUCUGAGCGGAGCCGGGGAUGCAUUGGGCUUCAGGAACCAGCAGUGGGAGUAUAAUGAGUCCGGGCCAGACAUCCACCAGGUCCGUCUCUGUAACCAGGAGCUGAAGGAGCUUGGGGGCUUGAAUAACAUCCAGGUCCAGCUCCCUGAUUGGCCAGUGAGUGAUGAUACAGUCUUACACCUGGCCACAGCAGAGGGUCUGGCCACAGGGAAGUGUGGGGAGGAGCUACUGCAGGAGGUGGCGUCUCGAUACGUUGUUGCAAUGACGGACAUGGAGGGCAGGAAACCAGGACCCUCCAGCAUGCUGGGUGUGUCCCAGCUGCGCCCGGGGGAGGAGGGGGGGUACCGCGUCCCCUACAAUCCGGACGGAACCGGCUGUGGAGCCGCCAUGCGCUCCAUGUGCAUCGGACUCAGGUACCCCAAGCCGGACCAGCUGCUGUCUCUCGUGGCGAUUGCCGUGGAGACGGGCAGGAUGACCCACCCCCACCCAACUGGGUUCCUCGGCGCAGUGGCGUCGGCCCUCUUCGCGGCCUAUGCCGUCCAGCGGCGGCCAAUCACAACCUGGGGGUUUGGCCUACUCAACGAGGCCUGUCCAAUCGCCUGGAGCUUCGUUCAGGGGCGUGGCUACGCUGUGGAGGAGAGCGAGAGGGACUGGAGCUACUUCAGCGACAAGUGGAAAUGGUACCUGGGCCAGAGGGGUCUCACUGGGGCGGGGCCCGUCACCUGGCCCGCCUCCUAUGGGCCGGCAGAGAGGGACCUGGCCUAUAAGAGCUUCAGCUUGUCUGGAUGGGCUGGGCGCAGCGGCCACGAUGCUCCAAUGAUAGCCCUCGAUGCCCUGCUGGGGGCGGGGCCUGACUGGGAGGAGCUGAUGAGCAGGGCUGGCUUCCACGGAGGAGACAGUGACAGCACGGCCGUGAUCGCGGCGUGCUGCUGGGGUUUGCUCUACGGCACGCAGGCUGUCCCGCCGGGGAACUACCAGAACCUAGAGUACCGGGACCGCCUGGAGCGCAGUGCUCAGGCACUCUACGCCCUGGCACACUCAGCGUGACCCCGGACCCCAGGACCCGACCCGGUCACACUCACCCUGAGCCAAUUACCUAACCCACUCACCUGAACCUGAUAACCUAACCCAAACUGACACUGACCCAAGUACCUCACCAACAGAGAACAUAACCCCGUCACGCUCACCUUAAUCCAAUAACAUAACCCUAGCACCAUCCCAUGCUUACCCUAUUCUUAUCUUUACCCGGACCCUCUACGCCCUGUCAAACUGAAGGCCCCGGCCGGUAUACGUAUAAAAUAAAUGACAAAAUAGCGGAUCUGCAACCAAAGUUCAGUGCCGCAUUGGGCUUCCAUCAACACCAUGUGUGCAGGUUACUCACUCGCAAUAGCCAAACUUCUCCUACACGCUCCCGGAUAAACAGCUGCCUGCAAUUGGACAACAAUACCAAGUGAUUGAUGGCUUCUGGCUGAAUCUGCGUCACACCAUUCAUGUAGUGCCAGGUUUGACAGACCAUGCGGACAAGCUAAUUCCGAUUUAGUUUGAAGUAUUCAGAGGCUUUUAUCCACCCCCAUGAUCGUGAACACAAAAAAAAAUCGGCUUUAAUCGUCCCCUACCUCAUAUUUAACCAGCAAACUUACCAUAACAUCUCAACCCCAAUACCUUAUCUACCUACACCUAGCCAAUACCUAAACUACUGAAUGAAUCAGUCUCUUAUCAUUAGUGUCUUAUUAAUCGACGGGUCUCUAUCCGCAAGGUCAUCAAUCCUUCAGCGGACAAACUACAACCUUCAGAGGCAACGAUGCAGGCCAGCAUCCCAGCACAUUACUAUUAAAUAAAGGGCUCCACCUAGUGGGCACACAGCAAACUAUUCUAUGUCAAGCAGCCGUACAACCAACCUAUGAUAGUUUGAUAGGUUGACAACUCACAUGUCUCAGCUUGCUGUUGUUCUGAAGCCCAUUUCAAAGAAACAUGCGUUUGAUAAAUAAAAACAGUUGUGUGUAGAGUUGAAAACUUUU